CUUCGUGUGAUUCCAUGAUUUUCGCCGUGGUAGACCCGUCCAUGAUAGGAAUUAGAUAGUUUGCACUUGCUUUCUAACCGCAGCUCAACCGAGCCUCCAAGAUCAGAGAUUUUGCCUCCUCGGCCAGUCAUAGACGCCUCAAAAACCAUUCCGCACAACCCCCACUUGCUAGUCAAUUAUUCUUCCAUUUCCCUUCCGCGACCACCACCCGCGCUCACCCUGACAACCCAUAACCGUAACCACAUACUCCCACAAGCCAGCAUCAUGGCGUCCCAGCAGGUGCCUACCCAGGCCAACAUCCAGUCUACCCACCCUUUCACCUGCAACACAUGUCAAGUCGCAUUCCGCUCCGGAGAGUUGCAGCGGGCGCAUAUGCAAACCGACUGGCACCGCUACAACCUUAAGCGUAGAGUCGCGUCUUUGCCUCCCCUCUCUUCUGAGAUUUUCACCGAGAAGGUCCUUGCGAACAAGGCAUCCGCCGCCGCAUCCGCCGCAAAGGCAUCAUUCGAGAAAUCCUGCGCCGCCUGCCAGAAGACCUACUACAGCGAAAAUGCCUACGCCAACCACUUGAACAGCCAAAAGCACCGCACAAACCUUAUGAAGGCGUCUAGGGGUGGCCUGAACGACGACGCAGUAUCGGUCAACGGCUCGGUUAUGAGCUCUGCGUUCUCCCUGGGCGAAUCCAUGGCCGAGUCGGAGGCUACUACUGUUGGUGAUAAAGAGGUCGCAGAUGUUACAGACGGGUUGAAGAGCGCCAACUUGGAGGAUGGUGCCACAGAGGAGGCUCCCACCGAAGACGACCGAAGCUCAGUUGCCACAUCCAAGAUCAUCACCGACCCGCUGCAAGACUGCCUGUUCUGCAACUACAAGUCGCCGACAAUGGCGUUGAACCUUCACCACAUGGGCCGCUAUCACGGCAUGUUCGUUCCUGAGAAGGACUUUUUGGCUGAUCCUGAGGGCCUUCUUAACUACCUCCACAGCAAGAUUCACGAGCAGCACGCUUGCUUGAAGUGCCACAAGGUCGUCCACACAGCAUCUGGUAUCCAGACACACAUGCGCGAUCGUGGUCACUGCAUGAUUGCGUUUGAGAGCGACGAGGAGCUUGUUGAGGUAGGCGAGUUCUAUGACUUCAGCAGCACCUACGAUGACCAGGUCGCUUUCAAUGAUAUGCAAGACGAGGCAGAGGCAUCGGACGAUUCUUCCUCGACAACAGGAGGUGGUGUUAAGCUUGGAGCCCGGCGCGAGACCAAGACGACCACAGAGGAUGAUGCAGAUAUGUCCAGUGGCGAGGGCGACGAGGGCUGGGAGACCGACAGCACAGUCUCAAGUGUACCAACAGACGAGAUCACCGCAAUCCCUAUCGACCGCUCCCACCGCCACAAGGGCCUCCACAAGUCAAGACAUCACAACCACGCUGACCCUCGACCCCACCGGGCCGCAGAUGGCUUCCACUCGCACGCACAUGCCACACCUACCGCAGUCUACCAUGACGAAUACGAGCUGCAUCUUCCAUCCGGCCGAACCGCCGGCCACAGAUCGCUCAACAAGUACUACAGGCAGAACCUGCACAACUACCCCGGUGUCGCCGAGCGCAUGGAGAAUGCACAGCGCCGCCUCACCGCACCAGAGAACGACGAAGACGGCGAUGCUGAGAUGGAGGAUGGUGAGCAACGCGGUCGCGGCGGCCGUGAGGUUGUCACACGUGCCAACGGCGGUUUGGGCAUGAUCGGCGUCAGCGACAGCAAGAAGAAGGAAGUUGCUACCCUCGAGAAGAGGCAACAGAAGCAGGCCGAUCGCGCAAGGAAUAGGUACCAGGCUGGUAACGAGAGGAGGGCCAACUUCCAGAAGCACUUCCGUGAUCCAUUGCUACAGUAGAUGGUCAGCAGGCUUCUGAGGUUUACCAGCAUGUUUGAUGUUUUUGGGCAUGCGGUUCUAGACUAAGAGGUUCGAGGGUAGAUUUGCAUUAAAUGAG